AUGCUCCUCAGUCGACAAACGAGUCAAGUUUUGUCGCCGGACGGGCGUCUUCCUUAUCUUCCGGCAAUUCGCCCAGGUCCUCACAACAGCAUCAAGGCUGUCGAUUCGGCCGUCGACGUUGAUCGCAACGGCUUGCGACACACCAUCAAGCACGACGAAGGAAUGCUCCAAGUACGACAAGGAGGCAACGACGGUUGCGAAUCGCAUGUCUACCUCCAUGCAGGGCAGCAACAGCAGCGUCAAAACCACCCUUCGCAUCUUGACCAAGUUCAAACUCACAUCGAGCAGCACUUUGUGACACCAAUGCACCGCCCACCGAAUGUCCGUUCACCGCGGCCACCGUCGGGCCCCGCCAUUGCGCUCGAGGAUCAGUUCCCGUUUCUCAAAGACGGUCGAAAGAGGACGAGGAAGCUCCUUACGCCCGAGCAGACGCGAUUUCUUGAGUCAAUCUUGGAGAAGACGGCCUACCCUUCGACGGUGACGCGGAAUGCAGUCGCUUCGAUCCUCAAUGUCUCGCCACGAAAGGUCCAAGUGUGGUUUCAGAACAAACGACAAGGACACCGGAGGCAGACAAAUGCAUGCAACGGACAGAAGAGCUUCAGAGAUCCAUCGGACCGCGUCGAUGGCAUCCUUCAACGAGGCCCAAGGAGCAUCGAUGAUCAUUCCACAUGCCAUGAUGCCGCGCUGACGGCUUCCUCUCUGCCUGGACUCAAUAAGUCGGGAGUAGCACCUCAAAGUCAACGUAUGACGCAUACAUUCUGGGAUGAUCGCUUCUCUGAUCAAGGUCGUCAUCGUCAACAGCAACAGUACAUGGCCAGUCAAUCCAUGAAAUUCGACUCGGUAGACCACUCGCGGCGUCUCUACGGCGUCGAAUCGUCACCGCCCUCUCACACUAUUAGCCGAACUCGAUUCGACGUUUCGUCGGCCUCGUCGUCUUCGAGCUCUUCCCCGCCUUCUCCGUCGUACCAAGUCGAGCAUGAUAAAGAGCCGAGCUUCGCCCGACAAGAACAGCUGCCGGCCACGACAUUAGAGGCAAACAUUUUGCCUCCCAUCUUGGACUCGAGGCUGGCGUCUCGGGCACCUUCUCCCUCGACCGUGUUCAAGACAGGACAGAUAAGCGCCAGCACAAUCACAACGACACAGAACAGCUCGCCAUCGAAGUCUCCCUUGACUUUGCCCAGCGUCGCCGAGCUUCUCGCUUUGAGGUAG